GUCUUCAACACCUCACGGCUUCACUUUCGUCGCAAAAUAUUGUCACUGAUGGGCUCUGGGGACGGCCCUUGAAUCUUGAUCAUCGUCGUCUAGAGACCCGAAAGGCUGCAUCAGAUAAGUUUAUCGGAACGCGGCAUCACCGGGAAAUUCUGUUUUCCGGUUGUCAAACGCCGGAAUCCGGUGACUCAUUGGAGCUCUUCCCAUUAUUCCCACCGCAAACUCCACCUGACGCCAAAACCUAGAGCAAUCCUUCCUCCCCAACACCUUGACGCAGUCCCGUCGCCCCCUACCCUCAAAGCUAGGGUUUUUAGUUUAUUGGAGAAAAAUGGGGAAAUCGAGCAGAAGAUCCUCAAUUCUUCAGAAAGAUGGCGCUAACGCGGUUGGGAAUUUCAGUACUCGAUUCUCGCUGCCUUCAUUUGUGAAGCGAGUCAAAAAAUUGACUGAAGCUCAGAAAGAGGCCGUGAGGAGGGCUGGGUUUGGCAAUUUACUCCUGAUUCCCAACCAAAUGCUCUGCAAAAGUCUCUUAGUUGAGUUGAUGGAAAGAUGGAACUGUGACAAGUCUUCCUUUGUACUUCCUCAUGGGGAGAUUACCAUAUCUCUGAUGGAUGUUGUGUUAAUCUUGGGAUUAAGAGUGACUGGAAAUCCUGUAAGCAUAGGAGACAAUACACCGUUCCUUAAUCUGGAAAGAGAGUACGGUGCUGUCCUCUGGAAUCGAAAAAUCACAGUUGCCUCAGUAGAAGAGAGGCUUGAGUCUCUUGGAGAGACCGAUGAUGAUGACUUUUUGAGGUUGUUUUUGUUGUACAUGUUCGGAACACUACUUUUCCCCACUACCACUGGAAAAAUAGAUUCCCGUUACCUUUAUCUUCUCCGAGAUGUGGACAAUGUGGAUCAGUUUGCUUGGGGUGCAGCUGUUCUUGAAGAUUUAUUUUACUGGUUGAGCAAGAGAAAGAGGGACAAUGUGCAAUAUGUUGGAGGGUGUCUUAUUUUCCUUCAAAUAUGGUGUUAUGAGCAUAUUGAUAUAGCUCGGCCUUGUCUAAUAGACAAUGCUGUUAAGUUUCCUCGUGUUUGCCAUUGGGGAAGUACAAAAUCUCAUCAUCGUCAGUGGUUCAUUGACAAGUUCAAAACUCUUGGUAGUAAUCAGAUUAUUUGGAGCCUCGAAUUGACUUCUGAGGAGUCAGAAAUUGGAAUGAUCAAAGAGUUGCUAGAGGCACAAGGGGAAAAUGCAGGGCAAAUCAUGGAGCAGCAGUCUUCUGCACAUGUUUGUAAUAUGGUGGAACAAUUGGCGGUUGACAUGGAGAUGGACUCAGCGACUACAAUCAGUAGAGAACUCUAUCAGGAGCAAAAUGAUUGUUCGCCAUUCAGAAAUCUAAGAAGAACAUCUUCUAACAGCUGUGUUUUAAUCUCUACACCUUGUCGUGUAGAAAGUGAAAUAGAACCAGCAGAGAAUCCUCCAAGUUCAUGUGGAGAUUCCAUUGUGUUAAUCAGCAGUGAUGUCAGUAUAUCCUCUUUAACUUUCUCUUUUGUUUUUGUUUUUCCAUAUCUUUUUGAGUUUCUGGAUUAUUUUUCAAGACCUGAUGAUUUGUUUAUUCAGGAUAAUUGUGAGGAGGAUCUGAAAAGAAAAAACUGGAUUCUAGAAGAGCAGGUAACUGAACUAAGAAAGGAAAUUAAUGACCUGAAAAGAGACAAUAAAAUUUUGAACAAUCAGCUCUCAUCUUGCCUCGAGUUUGAAAAGCAAAAUGUGGGACUGAGGAAAGAAGUUGAAAGUUUGAGACAAGAAAACCUAUUGUUGAGUUCAUCAGCACACACUCUUGUAGCUCGACUUGAGAGAAUCGUUCUUGAUGGGAAUACAGAUACAGUGGAUGUCGUGGAAAUUGAUAAACUUCUGGGUACUGCAGGAACAGUUGACUAAAAAGCACUCAUAUAUUCUUUCCCAUCAAGAUUUUCUUCUCUGGAUGUCAACCAUGUCUCAGGUAUGUUCCUUACCUAAAUUUAUUUCUAUAUCUUUGAAAUCUAAUACAGAUAUAUAUUAGCCUUUCCUGACUUGACAUGAAUUUGAUCCUGAGGUGUAGCAGAGAAACUAUAGGUUCUGUGAUUUAAGAAAUGUGUAGUGACCAAUGAUGAAAAAGGGAUAUAGUCCAUCUAGACACCACACUAAAAGAUUGAAUCCAAUCAAUUAGUUAGUCUAACCCAUGAUCUUUCUUAUAAACCUAUAUGAUUCUCUCUUAUUUUUCAAUGUGGGACUCUUAUCAUCAUGAAUACACUUUCCAACAUGAAUUUACUUACUCCAUACAUGCAGUUUCUGAACUCUAAAGUGGGCAUGCAUGUGGUUGUGAGAGAGAGAGAGAGAGACUAGAACACUCAAACAUUUUCCAUUAACAAGAGGUUGUUUAAACAACAACCUAUUAAUACACGCAACACGCAAGAUUAUGACAAAUAGGAAGGCACCAUCUAGG